GCGCUCCGACCGGUUUGGCAGGGCGGGGCGCCUCGCGAAGAUGGUGGUACGCGCGGCGUGUGGCUCCCGUCGCCCGCCUCAGUCUCAGCUCCGCGCAACGGCCGGCGGCUCGCUGGUCUGGAGCCCCAGCCCGCCGGGCCCCUGACCCCGCGCCCCUCGCGCCCGGUUCCGGAAUGCCCCGCUCCCGCAAGGGCAGCGCGCCCCGCAAGGGCGGCCCGCGCCGCAGAGGCGGUGCUCAGAGCAGCGCCCAGGCGGACUCGGGCUCCAGUGAGGACGAGGCGGCCAGUGAGGCCCGCAGCACCACCAGCGACUGCCCCAGCCUCGCCAGCACCGCGGCGGAGGACGGCCUCGGGGGCGAUGCCGUGGACGAGCAGGGCCAGCAGGAGGAGCUGGAGGAGAAGCUGAAGGAGUACGUGGACUGCCUCACCGAUAAGAGUGCCAAGACGCGGCAGGGCGCUCUGGAGAGCCUGCGCUUGGCCCUGGCCGCCCGCCUGCUCCCCGACUUCCUGCUGCAGCGCAGCCUCACGCUGGCCGACGCCCUGGAGAAGUGCCUCCGGAAAGGGAAGGGCGAGGAGCAGGCGCUGGCCGCCGCCCUGGGGGGCCUGCUCUGCGUGCAGCUGGGGCCCGGGCCCCAGAGCGAGGAGUUGUUCCAGGGCCUGCAGCCCCUCCUAGUGUCCGUGCUCACCGACCCCACCGCCAGCCCCUCCGCCCGGCUCCACUGUGCUUCUGCUCUGGGCCUGGGCUGCUACGUGGCUGCCGCUGACGUCCAGGACCUGCUCUCCUGCCUCACCUGCUUGGAGGGGGUUUUCAGCCGGCCCUGCAGUGCGGGCGGCUCCACAGCCCCUGCCAACCUGCAUGGCGUGUUCUGUGCCACCCUGCAAGCCUGGGCAUUGCUGCUCACCAUCUGCCCCGGCAGCCACCUCAGCCACAUCCUGGACAGGCAGCUGCCCCGGCUGCACCAGCUCUUGUCCAGUGAGACUGUGAACCUGCGGAUUGCCGCCGGCGAGACCAUCGCACUGCUCUUCGAGCUCGCCCGGGACCUCGAGGAGGACCUGACCUACGCGGACAUGGACGCCCUCUGCGGCGCCCUGCGCACGCUGGCCACCGACAGCAACAAGCACCGCGCCAAGGCCGACCGCCGGCGCCAGCGCGCCACCUUCCGGGCCGUGCUGCGCUUCGUGGAGGGUGGCGACUGUGAGGAGGAGACCGUCCGCUUCGGCCUCGAGGCGCUCUACGUGGACAGCUGGGCCCGGCGCCGCGUCUACGCCGCCUUCAAGGACGUGCUGGGGUCCGGCCUGCACCACCACCUGCAGAACAACGAGCUGCUCCGGGACGUCUUCGGCCUGGGCCCCGCCCUGGUGCUGGACGCCGCCGCCCUGAAGGCCUGCAAGGUCUCCCGCUUCGAGAAGCACCUGUACAACGCAGCCGCCUGCAAAGCGCGGACCAAGGCGCGCAGCCGCGUGCGGGACAAGCGGGCGGACGUGCUGUGAGGCCGGCCCGAUCUGACAGAAGACGGCGCACAGCUGGUCCCUGCCGGGAAGUGUCGCUUUAUUUUUUUAACGGCUAAACCAAAAACACACGGGGGUGGGCGGCUGGAGCCAGGCCACUCUGGACCCCCGCCCUCGGCCAGGGGCCUCUGCUGCCCUGUGUCCGUCAGGCCAGGCGCACCUGUCCCGGGAUGACCGCUCCCUGAGGACAGGGAGGCGCGGCCGAACGUCACCACGUGUGGAGGGGAGGCUUCGUGUGCGGGCUUUUAAAGACAUUGGAGGUGAUUAAACUGCCAGCCUGCUGUGGCCCUGGCUCCUGGGUGUCUACCUGCCCCUCCCCUCCCCUCCACCCCUUCCCCUCCCCCAAUCCCCUCCCCAGCUUGGGCCCAGCUCACUCUUCCAGCUCUGCCUUGCUGAGCCCUCCGGAGCCUCCCAGGUGCCCUCCUGCUCAGCCCGGCCUGUCCUGAGAGCUGAGGCCGGACCCCCUCUGGGGAGCCUGGCCACGUUGGGGUGAGUGGGGUGGGGCAGACUUGGGAGCCUGCUCUCGGGGAGGCCAUGGCGUGCUGGCCGGCCACAGGAGGAGCCUGGAGCUGGCAUCGCGUCCCCUGACCUUGGGCCACCCGAGCAGGGCCUUGGCCCGGGAGCCUUGGCCAGGCCUGGCCCGAGGAGGCCGGCGGGCAGCCAGCCGUGGGGCCCGGUCCGGCUCUGGCACAGAAACCCUCAGGACGUGGUGUGGAGCAGCAGAGGGAGAGGAGGGACCUGCCAAGGGCCAGUUUAUUCCCCACAGACGCCUCCCCCCGACUCCAGCCCGGCCCGUCUCAGCUGGGCGCCCCGGCCUCGCUGGCGUUGAGCCUCCGCAGCUGGCUGAGGCUGGCCAGCCGCAGCCUGAGCAGGGUCUCCUCCUGCGCGCGCAGGGUGUGCGCCGUAGUGCGGAGGGAUUCGCUCUGCAGCACUGCGGGCGGCAGGAGGGGGUUAUCAGGCCAUGUGCCCCCUCACCCUGUAACUCCCCCCCACCCAGCUCUGCGACCCCACCCGCACGGCCUCUCGUCUCCAGCCGCUCCCGGCAGCUGCUCGGACUCCAGUCCCACGCCCUCGCCCUGGUCCCCCCUGGCCUGGCCCCCCAUACCGCUCAGGUAGACCCCCAGGAUGGCCAGCGCCAGGCAGGCGAGCACCAGCAGAGCGAGCAGCAGCAGGAAGGCCCCGCGGCUGCAGCCGGGAGGCAGGAGGCCCAGCAGCUCGUCCCACGGCUGCGCCUCCUCGGCCAGGUAGGGGCACAGCAAGCCUGCGGGCAGACGGGGCGUCAGGAGAGGAGUGGGCGCUGGCUGGCCGUCCGUCCCCCCAUCCCUCCGCCCCCCUCACCUCCGCCGUGCAGGUCGCUGAUGGACUCCACCCGGAGCAGGUGCACCUCCUGCACGUGGUUGGCCAGUGCCGCCCGGCUCCCCGGUCUCGGUGCCGGUGCCGGUGCCGUGGUGUCUGCGGGGGCAGCACGGUUGUUCCAGCCAGUGGGUCGCCCCCUCCUUCUGGGUGUCUUUCAGAGGCAGCACGGGCUCCGAAGGUGGGGACAGGGCGACGGGCCGUGGGCUCAACCCCCUAAGUCCAGCUCCGGAAUCGUGGAGCCAGGAUGACCCCGAGCCCAUAGCUGGCUCACCCCAGGAGGGCGGGGCCCAGCGUGCUCAGGUGUUUCCUCCUCCCCAGCCCCUCGGCCUCGCAGGUGCUCCUCUGAUCGCUCACGGCCAGAGCGGUUUCCAGCCUCGGGGGCAGCUCAGUCCUGCCUCCUGCUCCGCUCCCCGGGCAGAGCCUCCCUCCGGGCCGCUGUUUUCCCUCAAAACCCCAGGGGAGACCUGCCACUGCCCCAGGCGCCCGCCGGGCUGUGGGCGAUUCUGUCUCCAGUCCCUGUGGGAGCCGGUUGCCCAGCGGAGGAUGCCAUUGCUGAGGACGGCAGGCUCUCCGUUCCCCAGUCGUGAAUAUGGACAGGUUCUGAGAAGCAGGAUCAGUGGGUCCAAAAGCAGGGACUUUUAAAAAAACUGUCUUCAAAUUGUCCCCCAGAAUGGCUGCCCACUGCCCCAAAAGGGUACACCAUUGACACCAUUGGGCAUCUCCACUGGGAAAAUGUACAUGUACACAUGUGUACGCACAUGUGUGCUAAGUUGAGGGGGG